CAGCCUCGCGUGACGGUCCCCACGUCGGACCCCUAAACCGCAGGAUCACAGGCAUCCUCACUGGGCCCACGGGCGCGAACGCUGACCUCGCGAGUGUCGCAUCACUAACUGGGGCACUAACCCACGAACCCCGCCAUCACCGACCAACCACUCCAACUCUCCGGUCGCAGGCUUCUGGGACCGCGGAGCCAGGGGCAACCGCAGAAACGCCCUUCUAGAGCGACUUCCGCCCGCGGAACAGGCCCCGCUGCCGGAACUACGGCGGCCGCGAGGCGGGGCUGCGCGCGCCCGCGGAACUACGGCGGCCGCGAGGCGGGGCUGCGCGCGCCCGCGGAACUGCCGCCACGCGGGGCUCCCCGACUGCCGGGCGCUUCGUGGGGACCCGGCGUCCUCGCGGGCGGAUUCGGUCCGCCGGCGGGCUGGAGGGAGUCUGGUGUGGAGAUCGUGGAGAUAGGGGGGAAGUCCCUGGCCUGGCAGAGUCGGGAGCUGCGGGGCAGGGGCUCGUGGCCAGUCCAGUGGGAAGCCCAGGGCACAGGGCUCGUGUUCGCCGCCUUCGGUGCGUGAGUCAUUUCCCACACGAGGACGGCCGGUUGUCAGAGCGGCUCACAAGCCCAGCAUUUAACCCACCUGGUAAGGUCCCCUUGGGCUGUGCUUAUGCCCACGGAUUUCCAGGGCCAUCAGGAUGGUCACAAAGACUCCUCGACCGAACCGGAGUCGGGCUCCGCUGAGCCUUCAUCUCCAGUAGGCCCGACACUGGGCCCUGCCCUGGACUACUUAGUCCGGCUUGAUCGAGAAUCCUACUGAGUCAGCGUAGGGAAAAUCCUUGGUACCGGAUCACCUUUACUGUCCGAGCAAAUUACUCAUCCUCCCCUGCGUUUUUUUUUUUUUUUUUUUUGUAAGAUUUUAUUUAUUUAUUAGCGAGAGAGAGCAUGAGAGGGGGGAGGGUCAGAGGGAGAAGCAGACCCCCCGCCGAGCAGGGAGCCCGAUGCGGGACUCGAUCCCGGGGCUCCGGGAUCAUGACCUGAGCCGAAGGCAGUCGCCUAACCAACUGAGCCACCCAAGCGCCCCUCUCCCCUGCGUUUUUUAUCCUCCUGGCCUGCUUUCGACAAGCAUCCUGGUGAGCCUGUAGGGAGAAUUCCCCCUAGCCUUGUUACUCAGUAAUUUUUUAUCCACCGGCCCUCACUCUGCUCCUUGUCAGUCCACCACCCCCCUUACCCUCGUGUUCAGAGUUGACUCCAGUAUCUCUCCCCUCCAGCAAAACCUCCUUGCAGUAGGCUCUACACCUAUCAUUAUGGUCCUGAAUAAAGAAUGCUUUACUUUUUAACUACGAUCAGAAUGAUUUUUUAAUUUUUUUCUUUAACAAUAAGGAAAUAAAAACAAUAGCUGAGAUAUGUGUGUACCAGAAAUACAGCUUUGUAUGAAAAAUACAGCUUCCAGGAAAUUGAGGCAAAAAGGAAAACUGGGUAAGUAGGGUCUAAAGGCAAAGAAAGAGCUUGGCCACUGUGGGAAGUCAGCCUUUUUCUGACCUCUGAGCUUCCAAGAGGCAGGUGAUGGCUUCUGACCACCUAGGAGCUCCACUGGCCCCUUUUGUCCCAAGUCCCUUUCCUUGACUCCCCCAGAUCUUAGAUCAGCCACUCCUUUGAUGGACACUGAGCCUUUGCAAAUGGCAGGUGUGUAUUCAGUCUGAGGUUACUAAGUAUAAAAUUCAUAGGCUUUGUUCUCUUGAUCAUAUCAUUUGAUCUGUAUUUCCUUUCAGGUUGGUGCAUACAAAGUAUGACUUCCCUGUCAUGUACAAGACCCUGAGGUGGGGCUUGAUCCGGUGCCCAGGGACCUCUUCACCAGGGACUCUUUCAAAACUUCAGUUAAAGUCCACCAGGAACACACCUGUGGUUAAAGAAUUACUAUUAUUAUUUUUUUUUUUUUUAAGAUUUUAUUUAUUUGACAGAGAGAGAGACAGCGAGAGAGGGAACACAAGCAGGGGGAGUGGGGGAGGGAGAAGCAGGCGUCCCGCGGAGCAGAGAGCCUGAUGUGGGGCUCAAUCCCAGGAUGCUGGGAUCAUGACCUGAGCCGAAGGCAGACGCUUAACGACUGAGCCACCCAGGUGCCCCAACAAUUACUAUUAUUGCAGUAAGGAACAACAACAUCAUGGGGAAUUAUGAGAAGUCUAAAUAAAGAGGAGUUAGGAAGAAGCUAUUAUAGGAUUUGAGCUUUGGAUGAUUUGGGGUAGAAUCUCAAGUUGUGGGGAGUUUGCUCUAGGUUGGAUGCUGUCAGAAAGUAAGGCAAUGUGGUGACUAUUUUGUGGAUGGCACUGCAUUCUGUUUUUGUCUGUGCUUAGCAUUAUGAAGUGUCCUUGUGUUUGUUGCAAUUUAUGGUCUCAGAGUAAUCUCUCUCUUUUUUAAAGAUUUAUUAGAGAGAGAGUGCAAGUGGAGGGAGGGGCAGAGGGAGAGGGAGAGAGAGAAUCUCAAGCAGACUCCCCAGUGAGCGCAGAGCCCAACAUGGGUCUCAGUCUCACAACCCUGAGAUUAUGACCUGAGCCAAAACCAAGAGUCUGACGCUUAACUGACUGAGCCACCCAGGCGCCCCAUUAAAAAAAUUUUUUUUAAAGAUUAUUUAUUUACUUAGAUAGAGAGAGGGCAGAGAUAGCAAGAGAGAGCAGGAGAGGGGAGGAGAGGGAGAAACAGGCUCCCUGCUGAGUAGAGAGCUGUAUGUAGGGCUCCAUCCCAGGACCUGGGGAUCAUGACCUGAGCUGAAGGCAGACACUUUGAGCCACUCAGGCACCCCUAAUUUUUUUUUAAAGAUUUAGGUCUCAGAGUAAUCUUGUAUGAAAUUAGUAUUUUGUGAGAUUGUUAUGUCUUAACAGUUGAGGACAAAAUGGCCUGAGUGUCAGACCAAUUUGUAAUAACAUUGAAGCCUAACUAUGAAGCAAAUGUUGGCAGAAUUGAAGGGAGAAAUACAGUCCUACAAUAAUAGUUGAAGACUUAACACUCCACUUAAAACAAGCCUUAAGACUAAAAAAAAAAAAAAAAAAAAGGCUGACAAGUCCAGUUUGACAAAGAAAUGGUUUAUUAAGGGGACUAUGGACAAAAGCAUGACUUGGGCACUGCAAGAUGAGUAGAUCUCUGCAAUACCACAAAUAGAUCCACAUCAAUAUAGUCAGCUGAUUUUUCACAAAAGAGCCAUGGGGCAAAGAUAGUCUUUUCAACAAAUGGUGCUGGAACAACCAGACACACACACACACAAGCUUAGACAAAGACUUGACUCAGUUCACAAAAGUAAAUCAAAAUAAAGAACUAAAUGUAAAAUGGAAAACCACAAAAUUCUCAAAAGAUAACAUAGGGUAUGACAAUGACUGUUUACAAUACCAAAGGCCUAUCCAUUAAAGAAAAAAUUGGUAAGAUAUAUUUUAUUAAAAUUAAAACUUAUGCUUUCAAAAGACAAUGUUAGGAGAAUGAAAAGACAAGCCACACACUGGGAGAAAAUAUAUGGAAGACACAUCUGUUAAAGGAUCGUUCUAAAAAAGACAAGUUUUGAAACUCAACAAUAAGAAAACAACCUGAUUUUAAUGAGCUAAAGACCUUAACAGACACCUCCCCAAAGAAGAUAGACAGAUGGCAAAUAAACACAUGAAAAGAUGCUUCACAUCAUAUGUCAGCAGGGAAAUGCAAAUUAAAACCAUAAUGAGAUACUACUACACAUGUAUUAGAAUGACUAAAAUCCAGAAUACUGACAAAAAUCAAAUGCUGACAAGGAUGUGGAGCAAAGGAACUCUCAUUUAUUGCAGAUGGGAAUGCAAAAUGGGAUAGCCACUUCGGAACACUGUGACAGUUUCUCACAAAACUAAAUAUACCCAAAGGAGGUGAGAACUUAGGCCCACAAAAAAACCUGCACAUGGAUUUUUUUUUUUUUUAAAGAUUUUAUUUAUUUGAGACAGAGAGAAUGAGAGACAGAGAGCAUGAGAGGGAGGAGGGUCAGAGGGAGAAGCAGACUCCCCGGAGCAGGGAGCCCGAUGCGGGACUCGAUGCGGGAUUUGAUCCCGGGACUCCAGGAUCAUGACCUGAGCCGAAGGCAGUCGCUUAACCAACUGAGCCACCCAGGCGCCCCUGCACAUGGAUAUUUAUGGCAGCUUUAUUCAUAAUUGUCAAAACUUGUUAGCAAUCAAGAUGUCCUUUGGUAGGUGAAUGGAUAAAUAAACUGGUACAUCUAGGCAAUGGAGUAUUAUUUAGUGCUGAAAAGAAAUGAGCUUUCAAGCCAUGAAAAAUUUGGAGGAAACUUAAGUGCAUGUUACUAAGUGAAAGCCAAAGUCUAUAUACUAUAGGAUUCCAACUAUAUGACAUUCUGGAAAAGGCAAAACUAGGAAAAAGGUAAAUGGUUUCCAGGGGUUGAGGUAGGGGAAGGGAUGAAUAGUCACAUAGGAUUUUCAGAGGGUACCAUAAUGAUGGAUACUUGUCAUUAUAUAUUUGUCCAAACUCCUAGACUGUAUAACACAGAGUGAACCAUAAUGUAAACUAUGGACUUUGGGGGCAUAUGAUAUGUCAGUAUAGGUUUGUCAGUUGUAACAGAUGUACAACUCUAGUGGAAGAUAUUAAUAAUAGGGAGAGGCUAUGCAUGGAUGAAAGCUCGGAGUAGACAGGCAAUAUCUGUACCUUCUCAAUUUUGCUGUGAAGUUUAAACUGUUCUAAAAAAAUUAAAUUCUUUUUUAAAAAGAUUUUAUUCAUUUAUUUGACACAGAGAGAGAGAGCUCGCACACACCAAGUGCACACACAAGCAGGGGGAAGGGCAGGCAGAGGGAGAAGCAGGCUCCUGGCUGAGCAGAGAGCCCAUGCGGGGCUGGAUCCUAGGACCCUAGUAUCAUGACCUGAGCUGAAGGCAGAUGCUCAAACUGCUGAGCCACAAGGUGCCCUAAAAAAAUUAAAUUCUUUUAAAAAGUUCCUUUCUUUUCCUUUUAACACACAUAGGAUAAGUAGAGAUGUUCUCUCAUUUCUGCUAUUAAUAAUUUUGUCCUCUUUUUUUUCUUAGUUACCCUGGCAAGGAGCUUAUCAAUUCUAUUGAUAUUUUCAAAGAGAUAGCUGUUGGUUUUACUGAUUUUCUCUAUUUUUUUUUAAAGAUUUUUUAUUUUAUUUAUUUGACAGAGAGAGACACAGCGAGAGAGGGAACACAAGCAGGGGGAGUGGGAGAGGGAGAAGCAGACUCCCUGCUGAGCAAGGAGCCUGAGGCGGGACUCGAUCCUGGGACUCCAGGAUCAUGACCUGAGCCGAAGGCAGUUGCUUAACCAACUGAGCCACCCAGGCGCCCCAUCUAUUUUUUUUUUUUUAAAGAUUUUAUUUAUUUGACAGAGAGAGACACAGCGAGAGAGGGAACACAAGCAGGGGGAGCGGGAGAGGGAGAAGCAGGCUUCCCGUGGAGCAAGGAGCCUGAUGCGGGGCUUGAUCCCAGGAUCCUGGGAUCAUGACCUGAGCUGAAGGCAGACGCUUAACGACUGAGCCACCCAGGCGCCCCUGAUUUUCUCUAUUAAUAUCCUGUUUUUAGUUUCAUUUAUUUCUACUUUAACAUUAUUUUUUUCUGCUUCCAUUAGUUUUAUCUGGCUCCUCUUUCUCUAAUUUCCUAAGAUGGAAGUUUAGAUUAUUGAUUUUAACUAUUUUUCCCUUCUAAUCAAUGCCUUCAAUACCAUAUAUUCCCUAUAACCACUACUUUUGCUGAAUUUCAGAAUUUUUUAUAAAUGAUAUUUUCAUCAUUUAAUUUAAAAUAUUUUUGAAAAACUCUCUUGAGACUUAUUUUUUGAUGCAUGUGUUAUUUAGAGCUGUGUUCUCAGUCUUCAGAUAUUUUGGGAUUUUCCAGCUCCUUCUCUGUUACUGAUUUUUAGUUUAAUUUCAUUGUUUUCUGAGAACAUGCUUUGUAUGGUUUAUAUUCCUUGGAAUUUGUUAAGAUGUGUUUAAUGGCCCAGAAUGUGGUGUAUCUUGGUGAAUGUUUCAUGUGGGCUUGAGAGUAAUGUGUAUCACAUUGUUGGAUGAAUUAUUUUUAUAAAUGUCAACUAGAUCCAAUGGAUUGAUGGUGCUGUUCAGUUCAAAUAUAUCACUAUUGAUUUUCAGCCUGCUGGGUCUGUCAAUUGCUGAUAGAGGAGUAUUGAAGUCUCCAAUUAUAAUAUUGGAUUUGACUAAUUUGACUAAUUAGAAUUUGACUAAUUCUCCUUGCAGUUUUUGACUGACAUAUUUUAGUGCUUUUUUCUUAGGCUCAUACACAUUGAAGAUUGUUAUGCCAUCUUGAAUAAUUGACCCCUUUAUUAUUAUGUAUUAUAUGUCAUUAUGUAAUGCCCUUUUUAUCACUGAUAAUUUUCCUUCUUUUGAAGUCAGACUUGUCUCAAAUAUAGCUACUUUAACUUUCUUUUGUUUAGUGUUAUUUAGCAUACUAUGGCUUUCUCCAUUACUUUUAAUCUAUUUGUGUCUUUUUUUAGUAACUGAGUUUGAAUUCAUCCCCCAGCUUUAUUGAGAUCUAGUUGACAUAUAACAUUGUGUAAGUUUAAGAUAUACAAUAUGAUGAUUUGGUGCACAUAUAUAUUAUAAAACUAUUAUAAAAAUAAGGUUAGUUAACACAUCAAUUAUCUCACAUAAUUACCAUUUUUAUUGAGAUAUAGUGCACAUAUAACAUUACAUUAGUUUCAGGUGUACAAUAUUAUUUGCUCUAUGUAUAUAUUGCAAAGUGAUCACCAUUAUAAGUCUAGUUAACAUCUGUCACCACACAGUUAUAUAUAUAUAUAUUUUACAGUGAGGACUUUUACAUUCUACCCUCUUAGCAACUUUCAAAUAUGCAGUACUGUAUUACUACAGUCAUCAUGCUGUGCAUUACAUCCCCAGGACUUUCUUAUUUUAUAAGUGGAAGUUUGCACCUUUUGAAGACCUUCACUCUGCACUCCCCUAACCACCGAUCUAUUCUCUGUAUCUAUGAAUUCAGUAUUUUUUUUCAUUUUUUAGAUUCCAAAUAUAAGUGAGAACGUACAAUAUUUGCCUUUUUCUGACUUAUUUGACUUAGCAUAAUACCCUCAAGGUCCAUCCAUGUUGUUGCAAAUGGCAGAAUUUCCUUCUUUUUGUCGCCAAGUAUUCCACUGUAUGUAUGUACCUCAUUAUCCAUUCAUGCAUUGAUGAACACUUAGGUUGUUUACAUUUUGGCUGUUGUGAAUAAUGCUACAAUGAACACAGGGGGCCAGAUAUCUCUUCCGGAUACUCAUUUCAGCUUAUUGUUUUCUCUAUUGUUUUUCAAUUUCAUUGUUUCUGCUCUUCAUUAUUUCCUUCUUCCUUUUUUAGUUUAUUGAGGUGGGAGUGUAGGUAAUCGAUUUGAGAAUUUUCUUCUUUUGUAAUGUAAACCUUUAAAAUUUUUCUCUGGUACAGAAUUUCCUCUCACCACUGCCUUAGCUACAACCUACAAACUUUGAUAUGUUGUGUUUUCAUUUUCAUUCAUUUCAAUGUGUUUUUUAAAUAAGAUUUUAUUUAUUUAUUUGACAGAGAGACACAGCCAGAGAGGGAGCACAAGCAGGGCGAGUGGGAGAGGGAGAAGCAGGCUUCCUGCUCCAUCCCAGGACCCCGGGAUCAUGACCUGAGCCGAAGGCAGACGCCUAACGACUGAGCCACCCAGGCGCCCCAUUUCAAUGUAUUUUAAAAAUCUUGAGACUUCCCCCUUUGGCCCAUGGAUUACUUCGAACUCUGUUGUUUAAUUUACAAGUGUUAACUUCCUGUCAUCUUUCCGUUCCUGAUUUUUUUUUAAGAUUUUAUUUAUUUGCUUGAUAGAGAUAGAAGGAGAGCACAAGCAGGUGGAGUGGCAAGCAGAGGGAGAGGGAGAAGCAGGCUCCCCGCUGAGGAAGGACCACCCCCAACAUGGAGCUCGACCCCACGACUCUGGGAUCAUGACCUGAGCCGAAGAUGGCUGCUUAACCGACUGAGCCAUCCAGGCGCCCCUGUUCCUGAUUUCCACUUUGAUUCUACUGUGUCCAGAGAGCAUAGCCUGUAUGAUUUCGGUUCUUAAAUUUGAUAUGUUUUAUGACACAGGUUAUGAUACAUCUUGGUAUAUGCUCCAUGGGCGCUUGAGUAGAGUGUGUAUCUUGCUGUUUUGGGGCGAAGUGUUCGUAACUGCUGAUUGGCUCAGUGGUGGUGUUGAGCACACAGGAGCAUGCAGAAAGGCACCGGGGGGCCUUGACUCCGGUUGUUUCCUGGCCUACUCCUAGAGUAGUACCUCACUUGCCACAUUUCCCCCUGACAACUCUGAGCUACACAGUCUUUACGUCACUUCAACAUGGCCGCCCGCAGGUCUGAGUGGCUACCGGGCGCCGCCAUGUCGGCGCCGAGUCAGCCAUUUGGCGGGGGCCGAUUUGAGCAGAGAGCCAUGUUGAGUCCGGGAGACCUGCCGCCGAGCACCCGCUACUGAGCAUGCGCACACCCAGGCGGCGGCGUAAGGGAUCCCGCAGGAACCCGGAGGGAGUGAGAAAGGAAGUCGGACAGGUUUAGUCACCACCUGAGGUAAAUGGCCACUGUCUUGAGAGAGCUUGGGUGAGGGGCAGGUGAGUGCAGCGACGGGAACAUCGGGAGUUGACCCGUGGAAAGUCUCUGAUGUCUAUCUCUGCCUCUUUCCCAGAAGAGCCAGAAAUGACCAAGUCCCUGGGAUCAGUGUCCUUCAAGGAUGUAACAGUAGACUUCAGCAGGGAGGAGUGGCAACAAUUGGACCUUGCCCAGAAAAGCCUGUACAGAGAUGUAAUGCUGGAAAACUAUUUCAACUUGAUCUCAGUGGGGUGUCAAGUUCCCAAAGCAGAAGUCAUCUUCAGUUUGGAGCAAGAAGAGCCAUGUCUGCUGGAUGGUGAAAUCUCAAGCCACAGCUUUCUUGAUGGGGAUAUUGGUUUUGAAACUUCACAGCAGGGAAUGUCUGAAGAAGUUUCAAACCAGUUUGAGAGAAUUAAUUUCUUUACAGGAGAUGACCCAUAUUCCAUUUUAGAAGAUUUGUGGCAAGAUGAUAAACAGAGAGGGAGAUGUGAGGAAAACCAGAACACAGGUGUAACACAAGUUACCUUUAUCAACAAGGGAGCACUAUUUAAUGAGAGAGACUGUGAAUAUAAGGACAGUGGGAAAAUUGCUCAUGUAAACACAUACCUUGUUCCUGCAAGAAAAAGACUCCAGAACUAUGAAUCAUUUGGAAGGAGUUUGAAGCCUAUUGUAAGCUUAUGUGAUUAUAGAAACAAUGCAAGAGGAAAUCCUGAUAAGAUUAUUGGAUAUGGUAAUAUUUUCACUCAUAUGAAUUCUCAUACAGAAACGAAUGCUUGUGAAUAUAACCAGUGUAAGAAACUUCUGAGUCAUAAGCAAGCUCUCAUUCAACAUCAAAAAAUUCAUACUGAGGAGAAUCUCAAUUUAUUUUCUGAUUAUGUAAAAAUUUUCACCCAGAAGCCACACCUCUUUGCACAUCAAAGUAUUUGUGCUGAAGAGAAACAGCAUGAAUGCAGCAAAUGUGAGGUAGUCUUCACUCAGAAGCCCCAACUUGCUGUACCUCAGAAGGCUUUUGUAGGAGGGAAACCCUGUACACGCACUGAAUAUGAGAAGGACUUGUCUCUCAAGUCAAAUCAUGAGAAAACUUACACUGAGGAGAAUCACUGUAAAUGCAAUGAAUAUGGAAAAGCUUUUAUCCAGAAGUCAGAUCUGUUCAGAUGCCAAGGAAUUCAUAUUGGAGAAAAACCCUAUGAAUAUAGUAAAUGUGGGAAAAAUGUCUCUCAGAAUUCAAACUUCAGUGUACAUAAAAAAAUCCAUACUGGAGAGAAACACUUUGAAUGUACUGAAUGUGGAAAAGCCUUCACAAGGAAAUCAACUCUAAGUAUGCAUCAGAAAAUUCAUACAGGAGAAAAACCCUAUGUAUGUACCGAAUGUGGGAAAGCCUUUAUCCGGAAGUCACAUUUUAUUACACAUGAGAGAAUUCAUACUGGAGAGAAACCUUACGAAUGCAGUGACUGUGGAAAGUCCUUUAUAAAGAAGUCACAACUCCACGUGCAUCAGCGAAUUCACACAGGAGAGAAUCCCUUUAUAUGUACAGAAUGUGGGAAGGUCUUCACUCACAAGACAAAUCUCAUUAUACACCAGAAAAUUCAUACUGGAGAGAGACCUUAUAUAUGUGCCGAAUGUGCAAAGGCCUUUACUGACAGGUCAAAUCUCAUUAAACACCAAAAAAUUCAUACUGGAGAGAAACCCUAUAAAUGCAGUGAUUGUGGAAAAUCAUUCACCUGGAAGUCACGGCUCAGGAUACAUCAGAAAUGCCACACUGGAGAGAGACAUUAUGAAUGCAGUGAGUGUGGGAAAGCCUUCAUCCAAAAGUCAACACUAAGUAUGCAUCAGAGAAUUCACAGAGGAGAAAAACCCUAUGUUUGUACUGAAUGUGGGAAGGCCUUCUUCCACAAAUCACAUUUUAUUUCCCAUGAGAGAAUUCAUACUGGAGAGAAACCUUAUGAAUGCAGUGAUUGUGGGAAAUCCUUCACAAAGAAGUCACAACUCCAUGUACAUCAGCAAAUUCACACAGGAGAGAAACCCUAUAGAUGUGCUGAGUGUGGAAAGGCCUUCACUGACAGAUCAAAUCUCUUUACACACCAGAAAAUUCAUACUGGGGAGAAACCCUAUAAAUGUAGUGACUGUGGAAAAGCCUUCACUCGAAAGUCAGGCCUCCAUAUACAUCAGCAGUCUCAUACUGGAGAGAGACACUAUGAGUGCAGUGAAUGUGGGAAAGCCUUUGCAAGAAAAUCAACACUAAUUAUGCAUCAGAGAAUUCAUACAGGAGAGAAACCCUAUAUUUGUACAGAAUGUGGGAAGUCCUUCAUCCAGAAAUCACAUUUAAAUCGGCAUCGGAGAAUUCAUACUGGAGAGAAACCCUAUGAAUGCAGUGACUGUGGGAAGGCCUUCAUUAAGAAGUCACAACUCCAUGAACAUCAUCGAAUUCACACAGGAGAGAAACCAUUUAUAUGUGCUGAGUGUGGAAAAGCCUUCACCAUCAGAUCAAAUCUUAUUAAACACCAGAAAAUUCAUGCUAAACAGAAACCCUAUAAAGGCAGUGACUUUAGGAAAGCCUUAAACUGGAGACCACAGCUCAGUAUACAUCAGAAAUCAGAUUCUGGGGAAGUAGAGUGCCCAGUGCCACAAUCGUGGUGUGGGGAUACAAAGUAGUGAGAGGAUACAGCUUGACUAAGAAGCAGGAGGUAAUCAAAGCCACCUUACGUCUGGUCAGAAGUAUGAAUGUCUGGAUCACAGAGCUGAUGUCGUUUUAUGUGUGAGGGAGACACUUUGAAGAAAGUGUUUAAGCAAUGUGUGAUGGCCAUGCUUAACUACUGGACAGAUACUGGGAUUGUCAAUCCCCUGCAAAUAAUAGUAAAUAUGCAAGGAGAGAACUUGGCAAUCUUGUUUCAUGUUAUGGAUAAGCAGCUUUAUAAAUUCAGGGCUGUAUUUGAUAUUGACCAAAGGAAUUUCUUAAUGAGUAGAGUGCUAAGAAAAUUUUUAAUUGUUUAAGGAUGCUGAAAUGAAAGCAAAAGUAUGGACAAUUCAGGUCUAUAAUGAAGAAAAGCCAAAAGUUUUUGUAAAAAUUGACAUUAUUAAAGACACAAAGAAAGGA